CUUCCGUCUUUGACGCGCCGCACCGCGCCGCGUUCUCAGAGCACUCAUCGACGAUGGCGCCCCUGCCCCUCUCGCAGAGGGUCUGGCUCCAGGCCAUGCUCGCACACGGCGUUGUGUCUCAAGCCCAUGCGAAAGCACUUCAGAAGAGGGCCUGCGAGAUCACACGAGACGACUACCAAGCUGGAUCUCUUCCAACACUGCUAGAGGAGGUCGGCAAGCACCUCAGCAGCGUUGGUCUCGAGAUCCGGCAAGCUCGUGACGAAUUCACAGGCGCUCAUCUAAUCAUGAUAGUCAAUGCCAAGGGUGAUGAGCUUGCUCAAGUGGCCACUACCCAUUCCGCGACGGAGAUUGCAGUGACGAAGAAGAUCCUUGAGAGAAUCUUCACCAACAACGAUGCUUACUCCCUCUCGUCUACCGAAGCGCUCAAGAUCGGGCGGCAGUGCAAGCCACCAUUGGGGAAUGCCGAGACGGAGAUGCUGCUGAGCGCUCUGGUUAAGGAAGGAUGGCUGAGGUACAACAGGGACACGGGCCGCUAUUUGCUCACUUCGCGCUCAAUGAUGGAACUCAACGUGUACCUCAAGAACGCCUACCCGGAACACUACUUCUCGUGCAUCAUGUGCGAAGAUCCCAUCACAAACGGUGUUGCCUGUUCUAACGCAGAAUGCAGGGUUCGCGUCCACAAGCACUGCCAGACCAGCUACGAACGACAGAUUGGCAUCUCGACACGAGAGGGUCAGGCUUCGACUUGUAGGGGUUGCCAGCAUACCUGGUCUCCAUCGCCCGUGGGUGAGGCGUCUGUGCAAAGGUGAGGCGACGGGCGCUUUGCUUUAGGAAGUGCUCUGCUAAGAAUCCCUGUGCAGCCGCCCCGCGCGCCGCAGACGUCAUUCAGAGGAUGAAAACGAAGAAAAGGAUGAGGAAGAAAUCGAAAGGCGACCUUCACAAAAGAAACGGCGGAGAACAAGGAGGGCAGAGGAUGAAGAGGAUGAGGACAUUAACAGCUUACAAGGAAGAGGGACGAGCCCGAGAACGCCUGUUGGGGACGAAGAUGAUGCGAGUGACCAGGCAUCGCAGGUCGACGAAGACGGCGAUGCAGAAUAAGAGCAAGAGGAGGAGCAGAGAGCUCCUAGACAAAGACUGUACAGUACAAUACCGAACAUUACCAAACAUUGAUGAGACCCAU